GCGGCGCGGGCAGCGGCCGGAGAGAAGCUCGGGGCGGCGGAGGUGAUGACCGCGGCGGCAUGGAGUUCCCGGAGCACGGCGGGCGGCUGCUGGGCCGCCUGAGGCAGCAGCGUGAGCUGGGCUUCCUGUGCGACUGCACCGUGCUGGUGGGCGACGCGCGCUUCCCGGCCCACCGCGCCGUGCUGGCCGCGUGCAGCGUCUACUUCCAUCUCUUCUACAGGGACCGGCCCGCGGGCAGCCGCGACACGGUGCGGCUCAACGGCGACAUCGUCACGGCGCCCGCCUUCGGCCGUCUGCUGGACUUCAUGUACGAGGGCCGCCUGGACCUGCGCAGCCUGCCCGUCGAGGACGUCCUGGCUGCGGCCAGCUACCUGCACAUGUACGACAUCGUCAAGGUCUGCAAGAACAGGCUCCGGGAGAAGGAGCGCGCACUGCCCCUGGAGACGCCUGCCCCUGGGGCAGAGCUGCCUGGCCAGCCCCCAGGCCCCUUGUCUGCCUGGUCCCCUGCACUCUGUCCAGCCGCCCGGAAGGCCAGGCUCCCUCCCGCUGGGGUCAAGGCCACGCGCCCUCCACUGGCACUGGGGCCUCCCCCCUGGCAGGCUCCUGGAGAGUCAGACCGGGCCCUGGACCUGUCGCUGAAGCCUGGCCCGAGGCGGGAGCCAAUCCACCCACCCUGCGUCCUCCAGACACCCCCUUGCAGCCAGAUGCAGCCAGGGGCUCAGCCGAUCGUGAAGGACGAGUCAGACUCACUGUCCGAGCAAGGGGACAGCAGAAGCCCUCGGUGCCCCCACAGCCCCCUGCAGCCGCCCUGUGUUCCUGCAGCCCCGCGCCUGGCCGGAGGCUUGGAGCCGCUGCCGGUCAGCGAAGUGGGCAGUGGGGAACUGGAGCUGGAGGCAGAGCGGGGGGCGAUCGAGGAUGUGCUGCGGCCGGCCGGGCGCCUCUGCCUCUGCCCGCUGUGUGGCAAGCUGUUCCCCAGCGCCCACGUGCUGCAGCUGCACCUCAGCGCCCACUUCCGCGAGCGGGACGGCGGCCGCGCCCGGCUCUCGCCCGACGGCGCAGCGCCCACCUGCCCGCUCUGCAGGAAGACCUUCUCCUGCACUUACACGCUGAAGAGGCACGAGCGCACGCACUCGGGCGAGAAGCCCUACACGUGUGUGCAGUGCGGCAAGAGCUUCCAGUACUCGCAUAACCUGAGCCGCCACGCCGUGGUGCACACGCGCGAGAAACCCCACGCCUGCCGCUGGUGCGAGCGCCGCUUCACGCAGUCGGGGGACCUCUACCGCCACGUCCGCAAGUUCCACUGUGGCCUGGUCAAGUCCCUGCUGGUGUGACCUUCGCUGCAGGCGUGAGGAUGGAGUGUGAGGGGCCGGAGCUCAGCAGGUGAAGCCCCUGAGGCUGGGCCCGCCAGGGGUAAAGAACCCUGCUUCCCUGGGAGCGCGGCCUCAGACUUGGGCCGACUGGGAGCCCCACGGACAGCCCUUCUCCAGCCUUGUGCCUCCGCCAACUCACUUCUGCUCCCGGCCGUGCCCUGACCAGACACCGUCCUCCUCUCUGUCCCCUCAGCCAGUCCCGAGGAGUGUCCCCAGCUCGAGCAGGCCCGUUAGCCCUCCACCCGGGCCUUUCCUGACCAGCUCCCCAGCAGGCUCAGGGGUACCCUGUGAGCCUGGCACCACGCUCGGUGACGGAUGCACACUCACAGCUGCUGCCAGUGGGAGGCCCCGACAGGGAGCUCUGAUGGAACCGGCUACUCCUGUUGGGUGGCAGUGGAAGCCCCUGUGAGGGAGGCCCCGGGCACAGUGAGAGCCAGCCGGGCGCAGCUGGCGUGACGGGGGUGCAGGCCCCAGCAGGGUCCCCAGGGCAGCAGAAGCUGCGCGUUACCGGCACUGGGGUGGCAGGUCGGCCCUCCAGAGCUUUCGGCCCUGACCGCAGCGUGUCACAGGGCAGAGAAAGUGGGGACUUGGAAACGAUUCUCUCUAGAUGCAGAAGGAGCCCCGGAGGUUGCCAGAUGUCUGCCCGUGGGUGAUGGGCCAUGCCGCUCCCCUGCCUGAGCACAGGAUCCAGGGCGCCUCUGAGUCUCCCCAGGGCGGGACUGAGGGGGCUGGGAACGCAGCUGCCCGCCUUGAGUACCGCAGGUCAGCGGUAGGCCUGACCUCGAAGGUCACUUCGCCUGCUCAGGGUCUCCCUGGAGCUGCUGGUCAUUUCCAGAGCACUGAGCAGGGGGGCCGAAGGCUGCUGUCUUUACCAGGAGCCGUGUUUGCAGCGAUUCCCUUCCCUACGGCGGGGCCUGGGCGAGAGCAGCCGUCUCGCGAGGAGGGGCGGCGGGGGGCCUCUGGGCUGAAGCUCCUAAAACGCAAAAGGCCACCACAUUCGUGCUCGGGGCGGAGCACCCCGCUGUGCCUGCCUGCUCACCCAGCAGGGCUCGCUGCUGGAACCCGAGGGGGUGGGCAGGGGUGGGGCUGCCCCAGCUUCUGGGGGUCCCGCAGGUGGCAGAGCCACCUGGGCUCCUGGUUUCCCCAGACUGCAUGGGCUCUUUCUGCUGUGACUGGAAGUGGCGCUGAGGUCAGAGUUCAAGUUUAAGUGAUCUUCUCGGCCCCUGACAACACUUGAUGUCGUAUUUAUUCGUUUGCCUGGUCUGGAGUGAGAAGACCAUUGGCCUUUGCAGCAGGUGGACAGGCGGGGACCGUCUCCCUGCAAGCCCUCGGCUCUCCCGGUGUGUGGGCAACUGGCCUGCGGACCAGAGAGAGAGCUGGGGGAAGGGGACCUCCGCUUCUGACUGUCCUGCCCCCCCCACCUCUGGAAGGGCUGGUGGGACCUCACACUUGGCGUGAUGUGCUUCAUGAUCGGA